CUCGGACAUGGACCGGCUCCAGGUUUCCAUGGCGAAGGCGCACAAACAGGAGGAAACACUGAGGGAAUCCCGUUAUUUUACAGCAUGGGAGCAUUAUAAACACCCAGAACGAGGAAGGAAGCCACUCUCGAUGCUUAAGUAAUCCUCACAGAGCUCGAGGAAAGCGGAGACCUCAGAGCAGAGCUGCUGCUGAAGCUGAAGCGGACACACACUUUAACUCUGAAAGGGAGUUUUGCGCUGCUUUAAGUUUUUAAACGCGAAGCGAUUCUUUCCCUUUUUUCUCUCCUCGCCACAUUUUAACUAAAGAACAUCUGUGCUAUGCUUCUUCAAGGAGAGUGAUUUUUACUGCUUAUAUAUACUUUUUUUUUUUAUAAUUAUUCCUUUUUUUCCGCCUUCUUCUCCAGAUGUUUAGAGAGAAUUGGAGGCUGGCGCAGUACCACAUGAUGAGGUCCAUGGAUCAAGAUGACCCUGGCCUUACCACUCAUAAGGUGUUCAGUUCUGAAUCUGAGCAGGCUUUCCCUCUGGAUGAGGCGUACAGGAUCAAGUCGUGCAGCUCCCCUUACUCUGACCUGAACCCCGAAGUUCUCUCAGGGUAUGAAAACCAGGAGGCCAGAAACUACGCGGAUAACAUCCGACCCCCAGGCCUUGCUCUGAGCCCCCGGAUUGAGAUCACCCCCUCCCGCGAGCACUACAGUCAUGGCCGGGAUUCCCUGCCGAGCCAGCACCUGAACAUCAGCCCCAGGCCCACGCUCACUGUGCCUGGCUAUGAAAACCUCGCCUAUCGUGAGCCCCAGUGCCUGAGUCCAGCCAGCAGCAACUCCUCCACCAGUUGGCACUCUGAGAGCUAUUCCCCCUGGGCGUCCCCCUGUGUGUCCCCCAGCAGUGGCCCGAAUCCAGGAGAUCUCUGUCCCCGCAUGCAGAGCAUCCACACCUGCUCUCCACGCACCUCCCCAGGCACCUCCCCUCACACCAGCGUAGGAGAGGACAGCGGCCUGGUAGCCCGUUCACCCUCACCUCGACCGCGCUCCACCUCUCCGCAGGGCAAGCGCACGUACGAAAUGUACCAGAAUCCAGGGCUGAUGCCUGGUCAACGAUCCCGCAGUCCAUCCCCACACAGCGUGCAGCAGGAUCUCAACGUAGGAGCUCACUUUACACAUGCUAGCCUUGUUGAGAAUGGAUUUGGCAGCAGCCAGACAGGCCUGGUGCCCACCAAAAUAGUCAAGACGUCCAACCAAGUUUACGCUCUGUACCCAGAGAACCACGGUGAUGGGAACUAUUUGGUGUCCAGUGAUCAGGACAUUAAAUCCAAACCUACUGCAGAGCCUUUCUUUGUCAUCCCAUCAAUCUGGCCCAAGCCGCUGGUUCCCCCUAUCUGCAGCCUCCCGUUGGCUUCACUCCCACCGCUGGAAUGGCCCCUGCCCAGUCACACGGAUCAGUAUGAGCUCCACAUUGAGGUGCAGCCCAAACCGCACCACAGGGCUCACUAUGAGACAGAGGGAAGCAGGGGUGCAGUUAAAGCACCCACAGGAGGGCAUCCAGUUGUGCAGUUGCAUGGCUACAGAGGCAAGGAUCCACUUCUCCUCCAGAUCUUUAUUGGCACAGCAGAUGAGCGCAUCCUAAAGCCUCACGCUUUUUAUCAAGUUCAUCGAAUCACUGGCAAGACGGUCACCACCAACAGCUACGAAAAGAUCAUCAAUGGCACAAAAGUCCUGGAGAUCCCGUUGGAGCCAAAGAACAACAUGAAAGCCAUAAUUGACUGCGCUGGAAUCCUGAAGCUCAGGAACGCCGAUAUCGAGCUGAGGAAAGGCGAGACAGACGUUGGUCGGAAAAACACCCGAGUUCGUCUUGUGUUUCGCGUGCACAUACCUCAGCCUGGAGGUCAGCAGGUCUCUCUGCAAGUGGCUUCGCAUCCCAUCGAGUGUUCUCAGCGUUCUGCACACGAGCUUCCCAUGGUGGAGAAACAGGACAUGGAAAGCUGCUCCGUCCUGGGCGGCCAGCAGAUGAUCCUGACUGGGCAGAACUUCAGCUCUGAUUCAAAGGUCAUCUUUCUGGAGAAAACUCACGAUGGCCAGCAAAUCUGGGAAAUGGAAGCAACAGUGGACAAAGAUAAGAGCCAACCUAGCAUGCUCUUCGUGGAAGUGCCGUCUUACCGGGAUACGUCAGUGUGCCAACCCGUCAAAGUGAACUUCUAUGUUAUCAACGGCAAAAGGAAGCGCAGCCAGCCUCAGCAUUUUACCUUUACCCCACUGACAUCUCCUGCCAUAAAGACAGAACCUCUAGACGAAUAUGAAGCGCAGAAAAUGGGCUUUGGUAUUCCUCAGAUUUUGGGCUUAUCACCUCACUCGUACUACCAUAACCCUCGCAGUAUACUUCACCCAGACAAUGGCCUGGUGUCCAGCAUGGCUCCCUGCCAGCGUUUCAGCUCCAGCCUUCCGAGCCAAGACACGCGUUUCCAGCAGCAGAGCCCGGCUAUCGUUUACUCUCGAGGUGGAAAGAGCCUCAGUAGCAGCCCAAGCACGUGGCACACUGGCGGGGUCAUGCCUGACCCCCACCGGUCGGUCCUAGUCCACACAGGCUCAACGGCUCAGUCUGUAGGUCCCAUCAGUACAAGCCAGCAGCCUUCUAUUAUCCAGUUCUCCCCCACCAACCACCAUCUUCUUAGGGCCGGCGACGCGGAGGCUCUCCCUCCUCCUCAGCCUGAUAACCAGCAGAUCCUCUUCUGCGAUGGCUACACCCCGCCUGCCUCACACUCAUCCGGACACCCCCAGGCCCAGGCAGCUGUGACCCACCAGCAGCCAUGUCCCACUGUCAUUCAGCAGCAGCCAUUUGAGCAGAAGGAGCCACAAAAAGUCUCACAUGGAACACCUGGGAUGGAGGCUGCAGGAGACGCACAAAGGAGGGUGACGAUCAAGGAGGAAAAUUUGGACCAGGCCUACCUAGAUGAUGGUGAGUUGAACGAAAUCAUCAGAAAGGAUCUGACGGGGGUUCAGGCCAGAGGUCAGACAUAGACGAUAGAGCAGAGCAGGAAGCAGCAGCCUUUUCCUCUUCCUCUGCAGCCAACAGACACGCAUCAAUGCAAUCAUCUACUCUCCAGCCAGGUGGCGCUCCUCUCUCGACAAUCCCAUCUUUUUUUUUGGUUGUUUUCUUUAAAUGUAGAGACCAACAUCAGCUCCUGGUUGCUUUCCUGCUAUAAACACUUUGUAAACAGAGGAGCUUAUUUUACCUUUAACAUCUGCCACCAGCUUCACAAGGGAUUACUGAGAAAACACAGGGACAUGCACCUUAUUUUGAUGUAAAUCUUUACAAGUUUAACCUCAGAAACCAUCGAAAAGAGAAAAGGGUGGAAUAAAGGGAAAUGAUUCCUUAAAUACGUCCUUAAAAAAGCUUUAUCCACUCUUUUCAGGCAAUAAACUCACACCUAUUGCCUUAUAAUAGCAAAGAUCUGGUUAAUGCUAUACCACAAACAAAGCACAAAUCUAUGCUUUGUGUUUUCUUGUGGAUUCUUAUAUUUUCAGGUCUACUUGCACAAAGUGUUUGUAACUUUCUAUAGAACGUCCAAAGCUUUCAUGAUGAUCAUCUCAUGUUCAGUUUUCUGCUUGAAGACAAACGCACACAGCCUUAAGCGUAAUGUGUAAAUGAACUGUUGUGACAAAGCCUGUUAUGCACUGUUUUCAAAUAGAGGGUGGUCAACAUUAUGACUUCUUAUAUUAUCUGAGUCAUCAGUGUAAAUGGAUAUUUUAUGCUUCUUUUUAAUAGUGUUCAUUACAGUAACUUGCGAUGAUAUAAUAUUACAUCUAUCCCUGCACAUAUCAAGGGUCAAAAGUGCCACAAUCUAAUAAACAAAUGUUUUAAAUAUUUAUAUCUGUAAUCAUUUAAAUUAAUUUGUAAUAACUACAUUAAGUAAGUAGUGUAUCAAUAUUUUUUUUAAUGUUUCAGUUUGUUAAAUACAGUUAAAUAGAUAUAUAUGGAAAGUAUUAACAUCUGGGUUCAUUAUGUGUUACAAGUUAUAUUUAAUUAUUUCAGUAUCAAUUUAAUUGUGUGUCUUGUGCUACAGUCUAUCACAAACGUUUAGCACAUCUAAUACAUCCUAGCAUCUGAUUGGUUGACCUGCACAGCACCUUGGUUGCAGACCAAUCACAUUGUCUAUAGCAAAGUUAACCUGUAUAUACUGCAACACAAAACUUAAAAUAAGUAUAUAAAUAUACAUCAAAUAUAAUUAUACUUUUAACUUAGAAUUAAAACAGAUGUUAAUUAUUUUGACCGUUAACUAUUUCAAUAUCAAUACAUAUAUAGUUUUUAAUCUAUGCAUUUCACAUUUUGUUAAAUUAUGUGUAUGAAAACAUAUUUAACAAAUGGUUUUUUUGAUUGUGGCAUUUUUCAGCCUUUGAUAUGCACAUGCUCCAUUCUUGUCUCAAUUAUUAUUUUCUAAAUUAAAAUAAAAAUGUGCAAGUUGCAUUUUUUAAUAACGUUAUUUGUGAUAACCUCUGUGGUUUUGUCCACAAUCCAAAGAAAUGCAUCCAAAGCUUAAACUGUGUAUUGUUCUGUGUAUCGUUGAUUUUCCUUGCAGUAAUAAUUUUUUUUUUUUACUAAAAGCAGCCUAUGCAAAGCUUCUGGCUUGCAGGUGUAAAAUGUGUGUGUACUAUCUGUAAGCAGUGUCAACAUUUUUAAAGGUGUAGUGCUGCAAGACUCUCUCAUACAUUAAGACAGCUUGUUUUCAUAAGACAGCACUGCUUUAUUUUUGGAACAUUUUAUUUUACUGAGUGACAGGGUGAAAAGUGUGAGUUAUGUUACUGUAACAAGAAAAGUGUAAGUAAAGUGAACACUCCAAAGGGAAAUAUAAGAGAUUAUCUUUGAUGUGUUCUAUAUCAAAGAUUAUCAUAGUAGAAUGUAAUAUUAUUACAUCUAAAAUGUAAUAUUUAAUAUUUCUUGUUGAGCCAGCGGAGCACAAAUGCAUUUGACAUUAAAAGAAUGUAAUCUGUAUUAAAUGGUUCCCCCUUUUUCUGUAAAUAAUAGUUAAAUUUUUAAUAAUGUUUUCAGAGUCUGAAAUGGAAGCUAUAGGCUGUUUUUUAUAUCAUUUAUCGGUAAUAGAGUUCAGUCAUGAUUGUUUUUCUUUCUGAAUUAUCAUUGAUCCAUCUAUAAUAGUUUCCUUUGUUUUUAUUAUUUUACAAUAUUGAAACCUUUACUAACUGAUGGAUUAUUAAUGCUUUACUAUUUCAGUUAUUUUGUUUUGUAGAUGUCUUGUAUAUGUUUCAGUUUCUUCUGUUUUCUUUCUGUUUCAGACUCUUUGUGCCUCAUCAAAAAUCUCUUAUUGUAUUUUUAUACUCCAGGAUUUCUAAAAUUUGUUGUUAUUGUUUGAACAGCUAAAGUACAUUUCUAAUAGAUUUUAAGUAAAAGAUGACAAUCACACAAAUAUUACGCUAUAAGAUAAACCUUUAUCAUUAGCAAAUAAACUCCUUUAAAUCCUG